UCUCUUCCAAUUUACAAGGAUUCUCUCUCUUCCCAGAUAUUUUAAUUUUACUCAUUUCUUCUAUUUUUUUCUUUAUUAUCCUCAAAAAAGUUCCAAUUUUUCUGGGUUCUUACAAAGUGUACACUAUAAAAACACCAGCUUUUUUCCAAUAAUAAUUCAUUCAAAUAUCUGAAAAUUAAGAUAACAUAAGAUUUUUUUUAAAAAGUUCUUAUCUUUGGCUGAAAAUGGCCACUUUUACCAAAAUGAAUUCAUACCCAGAUAUCCAAUUGCCGGUCCGACCGGAAUUUUGCCGGAAAUUUUCAAAAUCCGGUAAAAUUCCGGUUGUGGGUCGGUCUAAAAAGGGUGGAAGAAGAUGGUGUUGGGAAGUUUGUAGGGCUUUUAAGGAAGAAGGGGAUAAUAUUGAGAAGAUAGAAAAAGAAAAUAAAAAUUCGAAUUUGGUAUUAAAAAUUAGAGUUAAAAAAGAAAUUGUUAAUUCAAUUAAAUCAGGAAUUGUGAGAUUGUGUAAGUGGCCUUCAGGGGAUGAGAAUAGAGAUGCUUUGGCUGAGCUUGAGAAGGUUCUUUUCUCGGCUGCUCUACAUUUUGGGAGAUACAUUGUAACCAUGAUGAGCACGGGUGUCGUUCUAUUAACUGGAUUUCAAUUGUCAGGUGGUGAAAUGCAUGACUUGAUCUGGUAUAGUUGGCUUGGAGGAGUUAUAAUUGGGACUAUGGUAGGGGCUAACAUGGUUAUGGACGAGCAUAGCCGAGCUGGUCCGAGAAAUGUUGUAAUAACUGGGAGUACUAGGGGACUUGGUAAAGCACUUGCUAGGGAAUUUCUUCUCUCUGGAGAUCGAGUGGUUGUAACGUCACGCAGUGCUGAUUCAGUUGAUGCAACUGUCAAAGAGCUUGAAGAAAAUCUACGGGAAAUGGAAGCUGUAAAUGGUAAAAAUCUGGCAUAUGCGAAAGUGGUAGGCAUACCAAGUGACGUUUGUGACCCUGAUGAUGUGAGGAAGUUAGCCGAUUUUGCUGUAAAUGAACUUGGCUCAGUUGACAUUUGGAUAAACAAUGCAGGAACAAAUAAAGGUUUCAGACCCUUGUUGCAGUUCACUGAUGAAGAUAUAAAGCAGAUUGUAUCGACAAACUUAGUUGGGUCUGUACUCUGCACCCGAGAAGCUAUGCGUGUAAUAACCAGCCAGAAAAAGGUGGGCCACAUAUUCAACAUGGAUGGUGCAGGUUCUGGGGGUUCUAGUACUCCUUUGACAGCUGUCUAUGGGUCAACAAAAUGUGGACUGCGGCAGCUUCAAUCCUCACUCUUGAAGGAAUGCAGGCGGACCAAGAUAGGCGUUCAUACAGCAUCACCUGGCAUGGUGCUGACAGAAUUACUGUUGAGUGGCUCGAGUCUUAAAAAUAAGCAAAUGUUUAACAUUAUCUGCGAGCUUCCAGAGACAGUUGCUAGAUCGUUGGUCCCACGCAUGAGAGUGGUGAAAGGCAGCGGAAAGGCCAUCAACUACUUGACACCACCAAGGAUUCUGCUUGCUUUGGUCACUGCUUGGCUACGACAAGGUCGCUGGUUCGAUGAUCAGGGAAGGGCGCUGUAUGCAGCUGAAGCUGACCGAAUCAGGAAUUGGGCUGAGGAUCGCACCCGUUUUUCAUUCACCGAUGCCAUGGAAAUGUAUACAGAAAACACUUGGGUUUCUGUUUUCUCCCUCUCUGUUGUCUGUGCUUUCAUCAUCCUCUCAAGCACAGGCAGCUCAUACCCAGGCACCUAAACUUUCAAAGAGAAAUCCGAAAGAAGCGUUUAAAUAAGCAGGGAACUGCUUGUUUUCUAUAGAAAGCUGACAAUUAUAUCAAAUACACAAGAGUAGAGAUCAGAAAGUAAUUUGUGCAACCAUUGAAAAAGCCAUGCUCAAUUAUGUAGAACAUCCAACAUCAACAAAUGUAUCAAGCCCUCCAUUGAAGUUGUAUAGAAGUGGUCUGCAGGCUUUUUUUUAUACAGAUUUGUAGAAUUCUUUGUAAGUUGAAUUCUUAGGAAAUGUGUAAAACUGUAAAGAUACACUAUACUGUAUUACUAUUGUAUGCAGUUUGUGUAAGAUGAUCAUUCCUGAAUGUAAAAAUUAAUUAUUUA